GGUCACGGGCACCGCAGGAACCCCCUAGCUACGCUUCUGUAAUUGAAUAUUUUACAAAUAGAUGACAGAUGACGUCAACAGUGGCAAAACAAGUGGCCGAUGGGCGAAUUUGUUACUGAUGUUCUUACCACAUUUUCACGUCUUCUUGACCUUUAGAAUUAGAAUAUUGACGUUUUUACUUUUAAAAGUAUGCAACUAAUCGAAGCUACCCUCUUUUUUCAGGUAGUUUUGCUUACAUUGAUAACGCGUACAAAGCACGUUUGGAGAGCUCUUUGUUGCCAUGGAAACCAUUCCAUAAAUCCGUGGUCUUGUGUUUGCGGUUUCAUUACCUCAUGCCCACUAAAUCAAAGUCAAAUUUGAAGGUUUUCCUUAGAAAAACUAAGCGAGAAAUGUCAGUAUUAGUAUGGCAGACGGUUGGAUACCACGGUAAAGAAGGGUCAGUGGCUCAGGUAACUUGGCGAGGCGCUGAGGGAAUUCAGAUACUCUUUGAGGGAGAAGGUUUUCGUGAUGCCGGGUUGAAUGUCGCAAUCGAUAACAUCAUUGUAACGACUGAGAACUGCUCCUUGAGGCCUUACUUUGCUGAACCAGAUCACAGGUGUAGCGAUAAGCAAUUUACGUGCAAAAAUGGCGAAUGUGUCAAGAAAAAUCUGCGCUGUGAUGGUGACUUUGCAUGUAAAGAUGAAUCAGACGAAGACGAUUGUGAAUGCCCUUCCAGCAUGUUUACCUGUCAGGGGGGGAAAUGCCUCCCGGCAACAGAUGUGUGCGACGGAAAAAACGACUGCUCUUACGGAGAUGACGAAAACAAUUGCCGGAAUCCAUGCCAUUCUAGAUAUCAGUGUGUUGAUGGAUCUUGUAUUUCCUGGUCAAAUACAUGUCGUCAAACAAGUUUCUGCAGAGACGGAACUAGCACGCCUUCUGUAUGCGGGUCUGGAAAGUGCCACCUCAAUAAUUUAGCAUGUAACUCCACCGAGCAUGCGAGAUGUAAAUCUUUUCGAGGUCAUUGCAGUUUUCAAACUGGACAGUGUGGAUUGAAACCUGAUAGGAAUGCGACCUUUUACUGGACCGUGGGCUCAGGCCAGACACCAACGGAAAAGACUGGACCGAGUUAUGAUCACUCCACGUUCAGUAAAGAUGGAUCGUACAUCUUCAUUGAAGCUUCUCAGAGAAACCCGGGAGACGAGGCGAGGCUGUUAAGCGACGAGAUAGAACCCAGUGAAGCAGUUUGUGUUCAAUUCUGGUAUCACAUGCACGGGUUACAUGUUGGCAGUCUGAGUAUUUAUCUGAAAAAUAACCAAUCAGAAACACUCGUCUGGAGGCUCUCAGGAGAUCAAGGAAACCGCUGGAGAUUUGGACAGAUGGCUCUGAAUAGUACAAGUCUAUAUACAUUUGUAAUAGAAGGAACAGUCGGUAAUGGCAGUAGAGGUGAUAUUGCAGUGGAUGACUUAACGGUGGUGGAUGGAGACUGUCAAGAAAUUAUAAAACAGGCAAGUCCAGACUGCGACUUUGAAGAGAGUAUGUGUGAUUGGGAUGCUCAACAGGGAUGGGUUCUAACAACACGCAUAGAGGCAUUUGAAACAUCUGGUGGAUUCGUUGCUUCUCUCCCUGCUGGAGCUUCUGACCUGCCUUCAACCCUCUCAUCUCCGGUCAUCAACAUCCAUGAUUACGAAUGGAAGUGUUUACGUUUCUGGUAUUUCAUUGGCACUAAGGACGCGCGAGACUGGCAUACAGCGUCGUUAAUGGUCUUACUAAGGACAUCAACGUCAAACCAAGUGACGCUCCUUUUCUUUGCGGAUGACGUGACACAUAAGGCGCAGUAUACACAGAUGCCCCUAUCUAGAAAUUCCACUAAUUCAAAGAUUUAUUUCGUUGGUUUCAAUGGUAGACAGUUUUUAGCUAUUGAUGACGUUUCCUUCACUAAAGAGCCAUGUAAACAAAUUCCUUGGAAACAAAAUGAAGAAUGUCAAAAAGAUCUCGGCAUGGAAAACGGUGAGAUCUCUGACAGACAGAUUACUGCCUCAUCGCAACUGGAUGCCAGUCACGCUGCCACCCAAGGCAGAUUAAACUUGAAAGCAACUGGAAACAAAGCAGGGUCUUGGUCAGCUCUCAGCAAUGAUCCCAGUCAAUGGCUCCAGAAAGCCUGUAUCAUUUGA